CCACCACUGGGGAUAAUACCGUUCAAAGAGGCAGCCAUCGCCACCCCCGUGCCAGUUGAUGUUAAGAAAAAACUCAAGAUUAUCGACCUAAGAUAGCAGAGUUCGCUACAAAGCAAUUAUUUUGUGAUUUAGUACUGGAUCUUUUGGACCCGGAGGAAGGAUGCAGAUGCCACUACACAAAGCGCCCCAGAAAAGGCAAGUGACCGCCAUUAUUAUUAUAUUACUAUCGUGGGAGGCGGGCGGUGGGACCAUUAAAUACUCUGUUCUAGAAGAGAGGGACAGCGGCUCUCUUGUGGCCAACCUAGCAAAGGAUCUGGGGCUGGGCUUAGGAGAGCUGGCCGCGCGCGGUGCCCGGAUUCUUUCCAAAGGGAACCAACAGCAUUUGCAGCUCGAGCAGAAGAGCGGGAAUUUGCUCCUAAAAGAAAAAUUGGACCGGGAAGAGCUGUGUGGUGACACGGAUCCAUGUGUACUGCAUUUCCAGGUGUUACUGAGAAACCCACUGCAGUUUAUCCAAGGUGAGCUACAGCUCCAAGAUGUAAAUGACCACGCCCCAGAAUUCUUGGAACAGGAAAUCCUCCUGAAAAUCCCGGAAAGCAGUCAUCCAGGGACUGCAUUUCCUUUGAAAAUAGCUCAGGAUUUGGACGUGGGCAGCAACACAGUCCAGAGCUACACAAUUAGCACCAACGCCCAUUUCCACCUUAUCACUCGCGAUCACAGCGAUGGCAGAAAACACCCUGAGCUGGUGCUGGAUAAAGCGCUGGACCGUGAGGAGCAGCCGGAGCUCAGGUUAACCCUCACGGCGCUGGAUGGUGGGUCACCACCCAGGACUGGGACUUCCCGCGUCCUCAUUGUAGUCCUGGACAUAAAUGACAAUGCCCCUGAAUUUGAUCAGCUGCUCUAUGAGGUGCAGGUUUCAGAGAACAGCCCCAUAGGCUCUCUUGUCAUCACUGUCUCCGCUAAAGAUUUAGAUGCUGGGGCCCACGGAGAGAUCUCCUACUCGUUUUUCCAAUCCUCAAAUCAAGGCAUUCAGGUGUUUGAAAUAAACUCAUUCACAGGAGAAAUUCGGUUAAAAAGAAUGUUGGACUUUGAGGAAAUUCAGUCUUACAGUAUGGAAAUCGAGGCCUCAGACGGAGGGGGGCUUUCAGGAAAAUGCACGGUAGCCAUAGAAGUGAUGGAUGUAAAUGACAACGCCCCGGAACUGAUCACCUCCUUACUCACCAGUGAGAUCCCAGAAAACACCCCUGAUACUGUAGUAGCGGUUUUUGAAAUUUCAGAUCCAGACUCGGGAGACAAUGGCAAAACGAUGUGUUUCAUCCAAGACCAUCUUCCCUUCCUUCUGAAACUUACCUUAGAAAAUUUCUACACUUUGGUAACAGAAGGAGCUCUGGACAGAGAGCGCCAGACCGAGUACAACAUCACCAUCACCGUCACCGACCUGGGGACGCCCAGACUGAAAACCCAGCACAACAUAACCGUGCUGGUCUCUGACGUCAACGACAACGCCCCCGCCUUCACCCAAACCUCCUACACCCUCUUCAUCCGCGAGAACAACAGCCCCGCCCUGCACAUGGGCAGCGUCAGCGCCACAGACACAGACGCGGGCGCCAACGCCCAGGUCACCUACUCGCUGCUGCAGCCCCAGGACCCCAGCCUGCCCCUCCACUCGCUGGUGUCCAUCAACGCCGACAACGGCCACCUGUUCGCCCUGAGGGCGCUGGACUUCGAGGCCCUGCAGGCGUUGGAGUUCCUGGUGGGCGCCACAGACCGCGGGGCCCCGGCGCUGAGCAGCCAGGCGCUGGUGCGCGUGCAGGUGCUGGACGCCAACGACAACGCGCCCUUCGUGCUCUACCCGCUGCAGAACGGCUCUGCGCCCUGCACCGAGCUGGUGCCCAGGGCGGCCGAGCCCGGCUACCUGGUGAGCAAGGUGGUGGCGGUGGACGGCGACUCGGGCCAGAACGCCUGGCUGUCCUACCAGCUGCUCAAGGCCACGGAGCCCGGGCUGUUCGGCGUGUGGGCGCACAACGGCGAGGUGCGCACGGCGCGGCUGCUGAGCGAGCGCGACGCGGCCAAGCACAGGCUGCUGCUGCUGGUGAAGGACAACGGCGAGCCGCCGCUGUCGGCCAGCGUCACGCUGCACGUGCUGCUGGUGGACGGCUUCUCGCAGGCCUACCUGCCGCUGCCCGAAGCGGCGGCGGGCGCCGCGGCCCAGAGCGACCCGCUCACGGUCUACCUGGUCAUCGCGCUGGCGUCGGUGUCGUCGCUCUUCCUGUUCUCGGUGCUGGCGUUCAUCGCGGUGCGGCUGUGCAGGAGGGGCAGGGCGGGCUUGGUGGGCGGCUGCUCGGUGCCCGAGGGCCACUUUCCGGGCCACCUGGUGGACGUCAGCGGCACAGGGACCCUGUCCCAGAGCUACCAGUAUGAGGUGUGUCUGAAGGGAGGCUCAGGGACCAGCGAGUUCAAAUUCUUGAACCCCUUUGUCCCCUACCUCACCCCCCAAGGCACUACCGAGGAAGUGGAGGAGAGUGUCACCUCACGGAAUAACUUUGUAUUCAACUAGAAAUUUCAUCACGAUGCAGGGUGUUUUGUAACAUCUCUAAUCCCAGAUACAGAGUUUAGAAGCAUAUGGACAAAAAUCCCACCUUCAAGGAUAGCCUGGAUUUACCUUUUGAAUUUCAGCGGCCUGGGCAUGGGGACCCUUUCUCUGUGCUACCAGUUUGAGGUGUGUCUGAAAGGAGGCUUAGGGACCAGGGAGUUCAAGUUCCUCAAACUAAGGGUCCCAACUUUAUGGGUGGAGAGGCUGGUAGGCUAACGAAGGAAAACUCUAAAAAUUCAUUUGAAUUCAAUUGAAAUUUCCUCUCAUGGGAUAAGUGACAAUAUUCACUAACAUAUUAUUUCCUAACCCCUUUUCAUUCACAGAAAGAGCUUACAUGGCCACACAUUCAUAAUUAUUGCUAUAUUGACAGUUAUGGCAAUUGGUUGAUGUCACAUUCUGAGUCUCUAGGUAUUUUUAUUGUUGUUUUGCUCCUUCAUAUUUUGCAUGUUCAUACAAUAGCAGAGCAAUUGUGUUUCUCCAGCUUUGAAAGUAAGAUUUUUGGAAGUUUUCAGAUUCCUGAUAUUUGAGCUUGUUCAUUGUUAUUUUGUUAUGAUUUAGAGAGUUGUGCUUUGUGAUUACCAUAAGCAUCAGUCUAUUGUAAAUGAUGGCUUUCGGUCUUAAAAAUAAUUUUCAUUUGUGCAAAAUUUUGUUGCCUCGUAAAUUACUGCAUUUCUGUAGUUGUUUUAAAAAUAGUGCUGUGCCCUGGCUGGUGAGGCUCAAUGGACUGAGUGCCCGCCUAUGAACCAAAAGGUCGCCUGUUCAAUUCUGGUCAGAGCAAAUGAUUGGGUUGCAGGCCAGGUGCCCAGGCAGGAGUGUGUGAGAGGCAUACAAUCGAUGUAUCUGUCACACAUCAGUGAUUCCCUUUUUCUCCCUCU